UCAAAAUAUCAUUCAUAUUGUUAACUACGAUUUAUGUAUCGAGUGUGUUUGUCAUUUUUUUGGGGCAAAAAUGGCAAACGUUUCGAAUAUAGCUAAAAUAUCAGUCGAAAAACAUGAUAGUAAAGAACAAAUUUUAUAUGAUUUGGAUAAAAAUAAAUCGUUAUGUGACAUUGUCAAAGAUAUAUGUAAAACAUGCGGUUUGCCGAUUUCAGCAGUUUACGGCUUAAAAUUGAUACAAACUAAAGUGAACGAUCCAACUAUAGAUACGUAUCUAUCUGAAAAAACCUAUAAAAACAUCAAACACAACGAUUGUAUAAAAAUUGUCUUUUCGAUAGACUAUUUACUCAAAAAUCGCAUUAUCCCCCAUAUAAACGACCAACCCCCGAGUCUAGAACGCGCCAUUUGUUACGAGGAUUUGAUGAAACUUGCCCACGAUCCCGUCUUCAUAGAAGAAUUAGUGGAUAACGAAAAUCAUUCGAUAUUGAUCAAAACUUACAUCGAAGAAGAACAUUUAGAGGAAAAAGAAUUGCUCGCUUUGCUUAUCACGAUAUGUCAUCUAUUUUUAAAAGGAUUUUAUAAAGAUAUACCCGAAGAAUUAUUGGAAAAAACCAUAAAUAUCGUGAGGAAUGGUUCUAACGAUCUCGUAUCCGAUCACAUACAGUACGCUUUAGCUAUUUUACAUAAAAUUCUGAUGAUAAAAGAUCCGGAAUUUAUCGCGUGGAAAGAAAGGAUAAUAAAAGAUAUACCAAUAACGUGUCUUAUUCCUUACAUACGCCUAACUGAUUGCAAAAACAAAUUGCAAUACGGCGUCUUGUUAUUAAUAAACACGAUCAUAAGGCUGUGUAAGGGCGAUCAAAAGAAACAAUUAAUAAAAGAAAUGAAUUUAAAUCAGAAUAGGGAGGAUAUUUAUAAAUAUAUCAUAGCGCCCGGGGGUUUAGAUAAAUCAAUGGAACACGAAUUGUACGUCAUUCAGACGUACAUAUUAAGUUUAUAUGAAGAAGCUUUAAAAAGUGAGGUUAGUUUGAAUGACAGUAGCGUUUUUAAUAAAGACGAAUUCGAAUUACCUGUAGACGAUGUUCGUCGUCUUACAGUAUUACUGGACUUCGACGAAGUACGACAAACAUCCCUUAGUAAUUCUUUGGAGAAUUUACUCACUUUCCAAAAAGCAGAAAGAUUCUCUUUGGCGUCUAUAGAGAGCGAUAAAAGUCAGGAUUCUAUGAAAUCGUCGACGAUUUGUACGCCGAAAUUAAGACAAUCCAGUUUUAGUUUCGAUUAUGAAAAUUUCACAAUUAAUUAUUUAACUUUGGAGGCUUUACGUCACUAUAAAAAUAAUCAUAAAAAAAAUUUUUGUCAAUCUCAAAUCGAAGAAAGGGUGUACGAACCGGGGAUUUUCGUCACUAGCGAAAAGGUGGUGAAGUUGUUGGCUCAUCUUUUAGACAUCGGUUUAGAUCCUCCCGAUUCGAAAAGCGUGUUUUAUCAACCGAUUGUGUUCAAUACGUCACCGAAAAAUCCGUUUUUCUUCGAAUUAUUCUCAAGAUCGAUGUGGUUAUUAUCGAGAACUAGAAGGGAAAUGAAAGUAUCGACAAUCGAAGACUAUCCUAAAUUGAUGAGAGCGCUCAAAAAACAAAUCAAAAUGGUUCUCGAUAAACGUCCUUUGAAUUUCAAGAAUUUAACCAACUAUAUGACGGAGUUGAACUACGGCGAGGUGUUGAAACAAUGGCAGAAAGAAAAAGAUACGGAGCUGUCGAAUUUGUUGAAAAACCAUCCCUGUAUAAGGCAAAUUAAAGAUACUUAUAUGAAAAACAACGAACCCUAUUUGCACCAAAAUAGAUUGAACGUUUUAAAAACCGGAGAUUAUUUUCCGAAAGUUUUGGACAAGAAAACGUCAGGACUGAUGUUCGUCCAAUUGAAUAGAAACGAAAGAGAAUUACAAAUAUACGAUGUGACCGAUAAAAAAACCAACGAAAUGGAACUGAAAGAAAUUAUAAAAACUGCAGAUAUCACGCACAUCGCUGUCGGUUUGAACUGCAAACACGCCAAUUUGUGUAAAUCUUCUGCGUUGGCUUUUUCAAUUAUAAUAAAUUAUUCUGAACACCAGGUUAAUUUUAUCGCCGAAAAUGAGAUUAUGGCCGCCAGAUGGACCGACGGAUUUAAUAUAUUAACGGGUAACUCGCGCAGGAGCGAUCAGUACAAUAAGGAAUUGGAAAUUUUAACGGAAAUGGAUCUUAAAUUGCAACUUAUCGAAUUACAACACGUUUCGAUACCGAAAAAUCCACCGCCAGUGCCAGAUGUACCAAAACCGUUGCUUCCUCCGAAACCGACGUCGAUCAACUCUAGAAACAAAACUGCAACAAGACCAGCACCGGAUAUACCCAAAUAAUUUGAUUGUUUAUUGUGAAAUAGCCAUUUGUGUUUAUAAAUAAUAUAUUUCUUUUAUAGAAAAAA